AUGGAUGUGUGUGGCUGGAAAGAAAUGGAGGUUGCGCUGGUCAAUUUCGAUAACUCAGAUGAAAUCCAGGAAGAGCCAGGCUAUGCCGCAGACUUUGACCCAAGCAGCCCAAAAGGCCGGCCGGGGAGCAGCCCCUUCUCCAACUGCAGGGUCCUCAUCGGUCACAGCACCACCCAUGAGACGGCCUUCUCCAAGCUUCCAGGAGACUACGUGGAUUCCCCCGGGCCUGAGCCCAUGGUCUUGAAUGAAGGAAACCAGCGGGUGAUCAUCAACAUUGCCGGGCUGCGGUUUGAGACCCAGCUCAGAACCCUCAAUCAGUUCCCCGAGACCCUCCUGGGAGACCGGGAGAAAAGGGUGCAGUUCUUCGACUCCAUGAGAAAUGAGUAUUUCUUUGACAGGAACCGGCCCAGUUUCGAUGGAAUCCUAUAUUAUUACCAAUCAGGUGGGAAAAUCCGGCGCCCUGCCAACGUGCCCAUCGACGUCUUUGCUGAUGAAAUCUCCUUCUACGAACUGGGUAGCGAGGCCAUGGACCAGUUCCGGGAGGAUGAAGGCUUCAUCAAAGACCCUGAAACCCUGCUCCCCACCAAUGACUUCCACCGGCAGUUCUGGCUCCUCUUCGAGUACCCUGAGAGCUCCAGCGCUGCCCGGGGCGUGGCCGUGGUCUCUGUGUUGGUCGUGGUCAUCUCCAUCACCAUCUUCUGCCUGGAAACACUACCAGAGUUCCGGGAGGAGAGGGAGCUGAAGGUAAUGAGAGACCCCAGCCUCAACACAAGCAAGACGGCCCUCUCCCACACCAUGUUCACUGACCCGUUCUUCAUGGUGGAAUCCACCUGCAUCGUGUGGUUCACCUUCGAACUGGUGCUCCGGUUCGUGGUCUGCCCCAGCAAGACCGACUUCUUCAGGAACAUCAUGAACAUUAUCGAUAUCAUCUCCGUCAUCCCGUACUUCGCAACCCUCAUCACGGAGCUGGUCCAGGAGACAGAGCCCAGCAGCCAGCAGAACACGUCCCUGGCCAUCCUGAGGGUCAUCCGGCUGGUGCGGGUCUUCCGCAUCUUCAAGCUCUCCCGGCACUCCAAGGGGCUGCAGAUCCUGGGCCAGACACUGAAGGCGUCCAUGCGGGAGCUGGGGCUGCUUAUCUUCUUCCUCUUCAUCGGGGUCAUCCUUUUCUCCAGCGCGGUCUACUUCGCCGAGGUGGAUGAGCCAGAGUCCCAUUUCUCUAGCAUUCCUGAUGGCUUCUGGUGGGCCGUGGUCACCAUGACAACGGUGGGCUAUGGCGACAUGUGCCCAACCACCCCCGGGGGGAAGAUCGUGGGCACUCUGUGUGCCAUCGCGGGGGUCCUCACCAUCGCCCUCCCCGUGCCCGUCAUCGUCUCCAACUUCAACUACUUCUAUCAUCGGGAGACUGAGAAUGAGGAGAAGCAAAACAUCGCAGGUGAGAUUGACAAAAUCCUCAACAGCGUGGGCUCAAGAAUGGGCAGCGCAGGCUCUCUUAGUAAGACCAACGGUGCCUGCUCCACAGAGAGGUCCAAGAAGUGACCUGUCCAAGGCUCACUGGCUCCCUGAGUCUCCCUGUCUGUGUCUCUUUG